AUGUAAAUCUUCUUCUGGCAGACCAUCAUGAAAAUGUUGAUGACAGGAAAAUCUGGAAAAGAUAGGGCAGGUGUAAUGAUACCAAUUCCUCAGUAUCCAUUAUAUACAGCUACUACUGCAGAGUACAAUGCUUAUACAAUCAGCUACUAUUUAGAUGAGGACAACAACUGGGCUCUGAACAUUCCCGACCUUGAGAAAUCCCUCGAUGCUGCACGUCCACACUGCAAACCUCGAGUCAUUGUUGUUAUAAACCCUGGAAACCCAACAGGUCAAGUGUUAAGUCGCAAGAAUAUCGAAGACAUCAUAAAAUUUGCUAAGAGAGAAAACCUCUUCAUAUUAGCUGAUGAAGUCUAUCAAGACAACGUUUAUGAUGAAAACUCCAAGUUCUUCUCCUUUAAAAAAGUCCUCACAGAAAUGGGACCUGACUACAACAAUGUGGAGUUGGCGUCCUUCAUGUCUUCUUCGAAAGGAUUCAUGGGAGAAUGUGGCUUUCGUGCUGGAUAUUUCGAAGCUGUGAACCUUGACCCUGAAGUCAUACCUUAUCUUAACAAAUCAAUAUCAGCAAAACUGUGCUCCUCCGUACCUGGACAGGCCCUUAUGGAUGUGAUUGUCAAUCCACCAAAACCAAGUGAGCCAUCAUACACACAUUUUAUGCAGGAGAAAGAAAACGUUUUGAGUCAACUGAAAGAGAAAGCCCUUUUGACAACAAAUACAUUCAACUCAAUUGAAGGAAUGAAAUGUAACACCCUCCAGGGGGCAAUGUAUGCAUUUCCUUGCAUCUUUUUGCCACCUAAAGCCAUUGAAACUGCAAAGUCUGUGGGUAAAAGCCCAGAUUUCAUCUACUGUUCCGAACUGUUAGAAGCAACAGGAAUUUGUGUUGUGCCAGGAAGUGGAUUUGGUCAACAAGAGGGAACAUACCACUUCCGUUCAACAAUAUUACCUCAACUGAAUGAACUGAAGAAGAUGAUGUGUGGCUUCCAAGAAUUCCAUGAGAAAUUCAUGAACAAAUAUAAGUGAUGUGUUGUUGAUGAUGAGGAUGAUGACAACAUUUGUAAUGUAUACGACAAUGAUGAUGAUAAUUAUGACAUCUUGUCAAUUUAAACAAGGAAAAGAAUAGAUUAUAUUUUUUUAUAUGUU